AUGGAUUCUUCAUCAGAAUUCCAUUUUGGACCCCUGCUUCCUGGACCUGAAUCCGAUAAUACACAGAAGAAGAAAGCUGAAAUCGUUGACGAAGAGUCGGUAGUGCUAGAAUUGAUCAAUGAUAAAUACUACGAGAGCAAUGCUGGUGAUGGAACUAAAUCUACCGACCACUAUCUCACCGGAGCUCUGUUGUAUCUAACAUUAACCUCGUGUUUGAUAAACUUAUUUUUAACAGCAUUGGAUCUGACUAUUGUGGUUACUAUAUUCACUACCGUGGGGAACAAGUUCGAUGGGUUCGACAGAAUCGACUGGUUGACAUCAGCGUUUUUGUUGCCGAUGUGUGUACUAUGUCCAACAUAUGGGAAGGUGUCCAUCGUAUUCGGGCGUAAGUCGACACUCAUGUGUGGUAUAAUCAUAUUUGAGAUCGGGUCUUUGAUCUCAGGGUUAUCCAAUAGCAUGAACAUGCUCAUUGGCGGAAGAGUCAUUCAAGGAAUAGGUGCUGGCUGUAUACAAGCAAUUACCAGUAUCAUAAUUACGGAAUCAGUGCCCAUAUCCAUUAGAAGCUAUUCACUAAGCAUGAUGGCCAUUUCAUUCUCGUUGGCAAGCGUUUUGGGUCCAUUCAUAGGCGGUGCCUUCACCAGUCAUGUGUCGUGGAGAUGGUGCUUUUACAUCAAUCUUCCAAUUGGAGGACUUGCAUUUUUUAUUCUUGUCUUCAGCUCCCAUCCCCCUAAACCAACCGGAAGAAUAAGGGACAAAAUAAAAACCAUAGAUAUAUGGUGUAGUGUCUUACUCAUAUUCGGGCUAGUGUUGGUAUUGAUCGCUACCAGCUUUGGAGGAAAUCAGUACCCCUGGCUAUCAGCAGCUGUGAUAGUUUGUUAUUUAUGUGGAGGAUUCUCGCUUAUUGCAUUCGCACUAUACAAUUUUAUUGCAUCAAGGAACCCAUUAUUUGCCAAGUUCAUAUUUAGUAUUCCCCAGAUAUUGUUUGCAUCAUUAUCAGGCUUUUUCAACUACGCAUUUUUCUUGGGUAACAUCACGUAUAUUACCGUUUACUUCCAAGUAAUUUUCAAUCAUGACUCCUUUCAAUCUGGAAUAGAUCUAUUACCUUUGAUUAUUUCUGCCGCAAUUUCUGCAGUGGUAAAUGGAGUACUCAUAAAGGUCACUAGACUUGUCAAGCCAUAUUAUGUAUUUUCCGGAGUGAUGGGGGUGAUUGGUUGUGGGGUUCUACUAUUAUUGGAUAGGCACACCAAGGUUGGUACACGGAUCGGAUUCUUGAUCAUUACUGGUAUUUCAGUUGGUUUUCAGAUCCAAAGCACCAUUCUUUCCUGCCAACUUAAAGCACCACGAGAUUUGACUGGAUCAUUGAUCUCAGUAACCACUUGGGCAACCUUCAUGAGAUUUUUGGGUGGCUCAGUAGGUGUGAUUGUCGCAACGGUAAUUUUUCAGACUGCGAGCAAAAAUGCAAUAACUAAGGUUAUCUUGAAUGCCCCUUACUCAAUUCAAGAUCAGUUUUCCACAGUAAAUCCGCUGCAAAUACUCAGUUCUCCAGAACAGAUAAAUAAUUUCCCACCUUAUAUUCAGGAACAAAUACUUGACAAAUUGAUGGAAUCUAUAAGAAAGGCUUUCAUUUUUGGAGAAUGCUGCGCAGCAACAGCUCUUGUAUGUUGCACUUUCGCAACCAAUUGUCGCAUACCCAAAGAUCAGGAUAUUCUUCGAGAAAAGAGAUAA